UAGAAUGUUCGAUCAGUGCACUGCGCGAAUACUCAGCGACUGAAAGCCACGCUAACCGCCCGCAAAUUCAGCAUUUUGUUGAAUUGCGAGCUUCGAAGCGAGAGGUUUGAAUGGUUGCUGGAACGAUUGCUAAUUUAACACUGAGCUGAUUGGAUGCCUGGAGCGUAGUAACUUUUCAGAAAGCAAUAAAGGGCGGGAUUUUGCCAAUAUCUGAGAUGUUUAAAAAACGAAGGAGACUUUAACGCAUUUGAAUAAUGACCCGUUACACGUGGCCCACUCUUCACUAUUUAGUCAAAGCUUUUCAAAGAGCGGACAAUUUCCUUAACUCCACUCUUCCGGAGACACUCGUUUCUAACCGAUCGACUUUCCUUCCCUGGGGUAACUUCACUCUGGACGAUUGGGAGAACUUUGUGGACUCGGCAAAAUACGAGGCGGAAUCCCAAAAUGCAACCGUCAAAGCUUUGCUUAUAUUGGCGUACUCGGUUAUUAUAGUCAUCUCUCUGUUUGGAAAUAUCCUUGUGUGCCAGGUAGUAAUAAAGAACAAGCGGAUGCAUUCUGCCACCAGUCUGUUCAUUGUUAAUCUGGCCGGAGCAGAUAUCAUGAUCACCCUGCUCAACACUCCGUUUACUCUGGUUCGGUUCGUUAACAGCACUUGGGUUUUCGGACAAGGCAUGUGUCACAUCAGCCGCUUCGCCCAGUACUGUUCUUUACAUGUUUCCACCCUCACCCUGACAGCCAUCGCCGUAGACAGGCAUCAGGCUAUCAUGCAUCCUUUGAAGCCUCGGGUAUCACCUGUGAAGGGUAUGAUUUACAUCAUUAUCAUCUGGAUUAUGGCCAGUUGUUUCUCCCUCCCACAUGCUAUCUAUCAGAAGCUCUUCAGAUUUGAAUACAGACUUCAUAGUGGUUUGAUUCAACUCAUUGGCUUGCUGGGUCAUUUCAGAAGACAGUUAAGGGCAAACCACAUUGCUGUGGGUCUGGAGUCUUGUGUGAGUCAGACCAGUAAAGAAAAAAUUCGAAGUUUGUGUGUGCCCAACUUCCCAGAGCCAGCAGACCUUUUCUGGAAGUAUCUGGACUUGGCGACAUUUGUCAUGCUGUAUGUACUUCCCCUUUUAAUCAUCACUAUCACAUACACCACUGUUGCCAAGAAGUUAUGGCUUCGCAAUGCAAUUGGAGAUGUGACAACUGAACAGUACUUUGCACAUCGGCGGAAAAAGAAAAAGACAAUUAAAAUGCUGAUGCUGGUUGUGAUAGUAUUUGCUGUCUGCUGGUUUCCUCUGAACUGUUACGUUGUCCUUAUUUCUAGUCAAACCAUUCAUACUAAUAAUGCUCUCUAUUUUGCUUUCCACUGGUUUGCGAUGAGCAGUACUUGCUAUAACCCUUUUAUCUAUUGCUGGUUAAAUGAGAGUUUUCGCUUAGAACUUAAAUCUCUCUUGAAUAUAUUCAGAAGAGAACAUGGAGUGCAGGAACACAUACUUCCCUGCACAGCCCCUUCUUACAAGCUAGCCUGGCCUGAACAUAACAACUCCAAGAGGGAACAAUACCCUCAAAGCCUGCACUCCAACAGCAACAUCCAAUCAGGAAAGACAGAUAUUUCAUCUGUUGAACCAAUAGUUUCUGUGAAUUAGAACAGGGAAAUCUGAAAUCUUCCAAUACUGUGCUGCAAGCAUAUAAUAAAGGAUUGGAUUUUACUGUUAUAAUGACAGCUAAACAGUCAGUUUUUGAUAUCAUUCUUCUGUGCAACUGACAGCAGCCUUUGGUGUCUGGACAUAUGCAGUUAAACACUGAAAUUCAGAUGUUGCUCUCACUCAAUCCCCCCUUCUACAUAGUGCAGUUUUGAAAUCCUCACAGUUCAAAUUCACUGAAUUAAACACAAACCUGUGCAUUAAUACUUAACGUUAUUAUUCUUGUUGAAAACAAAAUUUUGAAAAAGUUACACCUUAUUGAAUAAGAUGUAACUGGAUUUGUAACAGCAUAUUGUGUUAUACUUACUGUUGAAUAAUCUUUCUAGCCCUAAAUACUAAUUUUAUAUUUGAGGAAUGUUAUAUUCUGUUAUUAAAAAUUCCAUCGAUUUUUUAAAAGAAUAUUUUUUUAAAAGUUUGUUUAUGGUGUUUAUUUUCUGUCUUUGUCCCAUAUAUCAGCUUCAUUUUGAUUUUGUUUUCUAUAAAAUUAGAAAACAGUGAGUGAUUAAACCUAUGCGUUAUUUCCUGGUGUGCUGUCAGUGGAAAUUCUUCAAUCUGAUUGGCUGUUAAACCUGCUUAAUAACAUUACUUCUAUUUGACGUCAGUGAUUUCCUAUAGCUGGUAUUAUAGUGAAAUUAACAAAGGCAAAAGUGCUCCUCAGAGCUUUGUGGGAAGCUUCAUUUAGAGAUCAAUGGUUUAGGCUAUCAUUUCAUUGCUGAUCACAAACUCUGGGCCAAUAUUACAGUUAAGGGAAGCUGUUCCAACACACUGUCAUUGCACAGAAUGUUUUGAGCAGUGCUAAGAACACCAUUGAGAAUAAGUCAUUUUUCCAAUUGCUACAUCAAACUGAAAGCAUUUCUCCAACCAGUCACAAUUGACCAUCUGAAGAUUAAAUAGUCUCUUUGACCAUUAAUGUUAUUGACCUCCACUGGAAAUAGUGUAUUUAAGAUUAGAUUAGAUUCGAUUCCCUGCAGUGUGGAAACAGGCCCUUUGGGCCAACAAGUCCACACUAACC